GUGAACAGUUUUUUUAUUCUUUAUUUCGUUUGAACUUAUAACUUUAGAGACGGGAUUAUUGGGCUCAAGUUGUGUGGCUGCUACUGGUUAGCUAUGCCCAUAUUAACUUCCAUUGCAGUGCUUCCACACUGCAAGCCCAGUAAUGUCAUGCCCAUCUGCAUCAAUGCUCCUAACUCGUCAAAUUCUAAACAAUCAACUUUUCAUUCUGGCUUCUCUCACUGCAAACGCCCACACCAUUUAGCCACCAGAGCUGCUAUCUCUCCACCCCCUUCUCCUUUUCUUAAUCAAAACAAUUCCACAAUCGUAUUCCAUGAAAAUGGAUUGGAAACGGUAGACAAUGGCAGUGCAAUAGAAUCAAAUGAGAAAGAGGAAGAGAAGAGUUCGGUGCAGGUUAGCGGUCCUCCUUUCAAAGAGGAGAUAAGAAGAAGACGGAAUUUUGCCAUUAUCUCACACCCGGAUGCAGGGAAAACAACACUUACAGAAAAGUUACUGCUUUAUGGUGGAGCUAUUCAUGAAGCAGGUGCUGUCAAAGCUCGAAGAGCUGCACGGCACGCCACAUCAGAUUGGAUGGAGUUAGAAAAGCAGAGAGGCAUCUCAAUCACAUCAACAGCUAUGGUGUUUGAGACAAAAGGCAAUAAAAUAACUCUCCUUGACACUCCUGGGCACCAGGAUUUUGGGGAGGAUACAUUUAGGACAUUAGUGGCAGCAGAUAAUGCAGUGAUGCUUGUUGAUGCAGGAAAGGGUUUGGAGCCACAAACUAAGAAACUUUUUGAGGUGUGCAGGAUGAGGAGGCUUCCUGUGUUUACAUUUAUAAAUAAAAUGGACCGUCCAGCACUGGAACCUCUUGAGUUACUUGAUCAAAUUGAACAGGAAUUCGGGCUUGCUACCUCUCCAGUUAGCUGGCCCAUAGGUUCUGGUGAUAGGUUCACGGGUUUGUACCAUGUAACUAGCAAGAAUGUACAUUUGUUUCAAAGGGAUUCUAAACAUGGAAGUAAAGCAAUUUCUGUAAAAGUUGUACCUUUCAAUGACUCUUCCCUUACAAGCAUAAUUCCUUCUGACCUUUAUAAGCAGCUAAUGGAGGACAUUGAGUUGAUUGAAGGGCUCUUUCCACCUCUGGAUGUGGCAAAGAUUCACUCUGGGGAUUUAUCGCCUGUGUACUUUGGCAGUGCUAUGAAUAAUUUUGGGGUUGAAUUGUUUUUGGACAGCUUCCUCCAAUAUUCCACACACCCUGGUGGGCAUGAGAGUGAUGUGGGGCAAAUUCUUCCUGAUUAUCCACACUUCUCUGGAUUUGUCUUCAAAAUGCAGGCAAAUAUGGAUCCAAAACAUAGAGAUAAGGUUGCAUUUGUCCGAGUUUGUUCAGCAGGCCAGUUCAGCAAGGGCAUGAAAGUUCAGCUGGCUCGAACUGGGAAAACAGUCGCCUUGACAAGACCACAAAAAUUAUUUGGUCAAAGCAGAGAAACAGUGGAUGUUGGAUAUGCUGGUGAUGUUAUUGGUCUCAACAAUCCAGACACUUUCUGCAUUGGUGAUACUGUCUACACUGGUCCCAGAGUGUCUUUUCCAGGAAUUCCUUCGUUCUCUCCGGAUUUAUUCUGCUAUAUACGCAACACAAAUCCAUCUAAGUAUAAACAGUUCCAGAAGGGUCUAAAGGAAUUGCUUGGGGAAGGUGCUGUUCAGGUGUUAUAUUCAGUGGAUUCAAACAAAAUUGAUCCUAUUUUGGCAGCAAUUGGCCAACUUCAAUUUGAGGUCCUUGAAUAUCGUAUGAUCCAUGAAUAUGGAGUUGAAGUACGCCUUGAACCACUUGAUUUUAGCGUGGCUAGAUGGGUUGCAGGAGGUUGGCCAGCCGUGGAGAAGGUUGGAAAAUUGUACAAUUGUGCCGUAGUGAAGGACAUGUUUGACAGACCUGUGCUUUUGUUUCGCAAUGAAUGGAAUGUUACCCAGCUGAUGAGUGAAAACAAAGAGCUUGGAGCUCUAACACCACAUGCUUUGCCUUUACGUUAAUGUGUUUUUUAUCAAUACUUUCAAAGUGACAAACAAAAGGUGACGGGUGAUUCUAAUUAUUAGAGAGGUUUUAUCUUUCACAAUUGAAAUGGCCUUUUGUGUCCUCAAUUGUGACAAAAGGUUUCGUGAUGUUUCUUGUAUAUUUUUUGUAUUAUUAAAAAAGUGUAAAAUAUUAUAUCUCUACAAUUUAUAUUUGUAAAAUUGUAUCAUAAAUUGUUUAUCAGUUAUUUUGUACAA